AUGCCUCAUGGGAUGUGUAGUUCCGCAACAGAAUUUAUUCUCUCUGGACUUACUGACAUGACUGAACUCAACAUUCCUUUGUUUGUCUUCUUUCUGCUUGUGUACAUCACAACCAUGGUUGGCAAUGUUGGCAUUAUUUCUCUAAGUAUCGCAAAGAAGCAUCUACACAAACCCAUGUACUUCCUUCUGAGUAAUCUUUCCUUUGUGGACCUUGUGUAUUCUUCAACAAUCACCCCCAAAAUGCUGAGGGAUUUUCUAAGUGAAUCAAAGACCAUUUCUUUUCUUGGCUGUGCCAUGCAGAUGUAUGUCUUUGGGUCCUUUGUAAGCACCGAAAGUCUUCUCCUUGGAGUCAUGGCCUACGAUCGCUAUGUGGCCAUCUGUAGUCCAUUGCAGUACCAGGUCCACAUGAGCAGUAUCUUGUGUUUCCGCAUGGUGGUUGUUGCUUACUUUGGAGGUUUUGUGAAUUCUCUUGUGCACACAGUUUCUGCUUUCCAUCUUAACUUCUGCAGAUCCAACAUUAUUGAUCAUUUCUUCUGUGACCUUCAACCACUCUUUAAGCUGUCCUGCUCUGAUAUAUCAAUCAAUGUAGUUGUCAUGAUUAUUUUAGCUGGCCUUGUUACCAUGAGCAGUAUGACACUUAUCCUUGUCUCAUACACCAACAUUGUCUUGGCCAUUGUGAGGAUACGAUCAGCCCAGGGUAGAUACAAGGCUUUUAACACGUGUACUUCUCAUAUUACUGCUGUCAGCAUCUUCUAUGGAACUAUACUCUUUAUGUAUAUUCGUCCGUCAGUCGGAAAUGUCUUACAGCAGGAUCGCGUGGCUUCUGUGUUCUACAGUAUAGUUAUACCUAUGUUAAAUCCCUUGAUAUACAGUUUAAGAAAUUCUGAGGUUAAAGAAGCAUUAAAAAGUUAUUGGAGAUAUUUUAAAUGUUAA